AUGGCCGACAUCGAUGAAGACGCCGUGCCUCCCUCCGGCCAACCUGGAGUCGAGGUCGAUCUGUCCGAGGAGGCGCAAGACUUCCGAUUUCUAGCCAACCUCCUCAAUGCCGGCUCCCAACACAAGCUCCCCAAGCGGGGUGAGAAAGACUUCGAACCAGACGCGACGCAGAUGCAGACAUCCGUGCUGGAGGCGUCGCGGGCCGCCAUGGAAGACGCCUUGUCCUAUACCCGAGUCCACCGGGGGAAGAACCGCACCAAAGCUAUCCUGGACUACGGGGGAUGCGGCGCGUUCGUGGAGAAGCCGCACGACCGGCAUUUCAUGACCAUGGGGCGGUGGACGGGCGGCCAGAUAUGGCUGGCGCCCGAAGAAGCGCUGUAUCUCCUGGAGCGCGGAUCUCUCGAUGUUCAAUGGCCCCCGGACCUGCUUCCUGGAGACGAGGGGGCUCACGGCGCGGGAGAGGAGGACACGGUUCCCAUGAGCCUGCAGGCGGCUUAUUCGGUGUUCAUUGGGAUGGGACAGUCACUCGAGAGGCCGUUGACCAUGGAGAUGUAUUCGGUGUAUGCGCAUUUGAAGAGAUUGGGGUAUAUCGUGAUUCGAGCAGGUAUUGCGCAAGUCGAGGGGCCGACCACAAGCCCACCGGCUAGGACCACUUCUCUAUUCUCUUUCCUCGCGGAACGGCGGUCGCGAUCCGCUGCUGCAUCACUAGAGAAGCGCGGCAUCGCCGGCCCGUUGGUAUCGCCAGGCCUCUAUCGCUCAUACGGUGCGUCAUCUCCGAUUCAUCGUCUGACCAUUUCUAACAAGAUGCUAGACGAUAUUUUCCACCUGCUUCGGAUCAUCCCCAGCCACAACCCCACCACCAAACCCACCGAUACUCCAACACCACCGUACUUCGACCCCGACCAAACGCCCGACCCCGACGCCCUCAGCAUCACCUUCCACGUCUACAAGCCCUCCAGCAACUACUCCAAACGCUCCCCUCCCCCUCCCGACUACCAGAUAGCGGUCAUGUCAGCACGAGAAACCACUGUACCCUCACUCGCGCAACUCUCCUCGCUGCUGGCGUCCACACCAUACGCACCCCCGCCGGAAUCCAUGCCGCUCUACCAGCGCCUCAAAAAAGGACAUCGCAACGUCAUCCUCGCGAUCGUCGACUGCGGGAUUGUUAGUUACUUGACGGCGUCGGAUGCGGGGUUUGCGAUCGAGGGGAUCCAAUGGUCGCCGCGGAAACGGGGACCUCCGUUCAAGCGGUCGGGGGGCCGGAAGGGAAGGCAUCGGGCCGCGAAACCGACAGGGAAUGGACCUAGAUAG